GCAGGGCCCCUGCGGCCUUUAAAUGCCGCCCAGGCCCGACGCGGUGCAGCCUUUGCCUCUCUUCUUCUUCUUCGGGCCGCGACAGCAGCGCCCCGAGGCAGAAGGCAGGCCGACUUGUCAGCCGCGGUCCGGACAGCUGCGGCCACCUCCUACCUCCUGGCCGGCGCCGCCUCCAGCUCCCCUCCCCCACCUCUCGGGCCUGCCUGCCGGGUCGGCGUGGGGGCCCCAGGCGCGCGUCCGCGCGCGCCCUUGUGCGCGCGCGCCCGGGCCAUUCUCGGACCCGCGCCCCCGCCCGGCGCAGGACUGCCCCGGGAUCUCUGCCCGCUCGCGGAGUCUCCAGUCCCCAGGCACCCGGCCUCCAGCCGUGCAGCCCGCCGCGCUGUGUAAGAAGAUGGCGGGAUCGGUGGCCGACAGUGAUGCCGUAGUGAAACUAGAUGGUGGACAUUUAAACAACUCCUUGGGCUCUCCAGUUCAAGCCGAGGUGUACUUCCCACGACUGAUUGUUCCAUUUUGUGGGCAUAUUAAAGGGGGCAUGAGACCAGGCAAGAAGGUGUUAGUGAUGGGCAUCGUUGACCUCAACCCUGAGAGCUUUGCCAUCAGCUUGACCUGUGGUGACUCGGAAGAUCCUCCGGCUGAUGUGGCAAUUGAACUCAAAGCUGUGUUCACAGACCGGCAGCUACUCAGAAAUUCUUGUAUAAAUGGCGAAAGGGGUGAAGAACAGUCAGCAAUCCCUUACUUUCCAUUCAUCCCAGACCAGCCAUUCAGGGUGGAAAUUCUCUGUGAGCACCCACGUUUCAGAGUAUUUGUGGAUGGACAUCAACUUUUUGAUUUUUACCACCGCAUUCCCACGUUAUCUGCAAUUGACACCAUAAAGAUAAAUGGGGACCUCCAGAUCACUAAGCUUGGCUGAUGUCAUUUAAACCACCUCUUUUCAAAUAGGAUCAGGUGCCACAACUCUGACUUUCGGUCUGGAAGAAGUAUCUUGGCAACAUCUGGAAACUUAAAAAGGAAACAAAAACAAAAGGCAAGCUUCACUGUCUCUUCUUUGCAGUUUAAACCCAAAAUGACAGCUUCAGCUGAGGUUUGCCCUUAAGAAGCUGUCGGAACAAAGACACCGAGCCAUUAUUCCCGGAACAAAGUAAUACAUUUAUGCUGGAAUUUAUUCAGACUAAACUGAAAUGGAUUUGUGAUGAUUUGUGAUUUGGUAGCAAGUUAUUUAUCUUUUCAAAGCAAGGCGAUGUUUAGAAACAAAAGUGCUAAAGACAAAAUAACAACAAAAACGGUACACCGAAAUCAACUCAUUUCUGCACUGAAGUGGAAUUGCGUAGCACAACCAACAUUUUAGUCAGGGUAUUUACAUAGAAUGUAGGUUGUUCAAGGUUUGUUUGGUUGUUUUUUUGUUUUUUGGUUUUUUGCAUAGCAUAAUGUUAAUUCAGAUUUUUAAAGCUUUCUCAUAUUUAUUUAUACUCAACAUGUGUAUUAGAAAAUGAUUAAUAUCUCAAGAACAACAAGUUUUGAACUUUUGAAUGUACAAAUAUGUUAGGUUCGGUGGGGGACGUACAUACUACAAUCAUGAAACAGGUGGAUCUGUACCUUAAAGAAUUGACUCAUAUCCUCCAGACCCCUAAACUUAGUAUCUCUUGAUAUAAAUUGCUGUAAGUGCUUUUGGGAAGGCUUUCCAUCAUUUUGGUAAAACUGCUUUUCAAGUUAUUGAUAAUUAAUGUAAAAUUAUAUUUACAUUGCUUUUUCUCCUUACUGUGAAUUAGCACAGUAUUGGCUUUUUAAAAACUCUAGCUACGUUUCCCUAGAUUUACAUAAUGGCUCCUUAAGUUGCUAUUAAACUAAUUGACAACAUAUGAGGUGAUUGCAUAGACAAUUUUUAAAUAACUAUUAUAUAAACUUUUAAGAGUAUAAUAUGAAAAUGAUACUGGAAUGCAGUGUAAAGCAGAAGCAAAUGGCCCCAAAUAACUUACUUGCAAAUAAUUUAUAUCAACUUAAGCUAUUAGCUCAUUGUAUCCCUUUCAUUACGUGACCCUCACCAGUAUCCCUAAGCAAUGCCUUUGCAGCUUCAGAGUAGAAGGUGCUUCCUACUUUGUUGGCUCUGCUGAGAUACUAGGAUAAGACAUGCUCCAGAUUAGGAAAUGAUCCGCUUAGUUUAUCUGAAAGGUUAACUCCCAGAACUCCAGGUCUUUGAGUCCAGCCAAUAGUGUGAAUACUCCCAACUAAUACUCCCAACUGAUCAGACAGCAGUGCCUCUCCCGGAGGAGCCUGCACUACCGUAAAUGUCAGUGAGAGGCAAGGGCUAGUUGGAGUCCUGGAGGCUGAACUUCUCAAACUGCAUUGGCUCUAGGGAGAAAGACCCUUGGCAUUGCCUUGGUCAAGUAG